AUGUCAGAUUUUAAUACAUUGAUUCAAGAUAUCUUGAAUAACCAACAAGAUGAAAUUAUCUUUUUAGAGAGAAGUAAACUUGCUCAAAUCGAACAAGGUUGCAAGGACAAAUUGAAUACCAAUCAAAAUGUGGCCAUUAUCAAUGUGAGAGGAGAUAAACUGGACUCGGCUCAAGCAUUAUUCACAACUUUUAAUGAAACUUUACAAUUUGUGGAUUAUUUUGGAAAUAAUUGGGAUGCUUUUAAUGAUGUUUUAGGUGAUUAUCCAGGACAAGCCAAAAUUAAUCACUUUAAUACCAUCAUUGUGAAUAAUAUUAACUUGUUACAAAGUAGAAACAGUACAUACUUUGAUAUUUUGAAAGAGAAUAGACAAAGAAAUGCAAAUUGUAGAAUUUACAUUCUUGCAGCAACUGCCGACAAGAAUAAAUUGUAA